AUGGAGAAAACAAAAGAAAGUUUUCAAUUAUGCGACUUCACAGAAAUUGGAUUUAUCAAACAUAAUCGGGAUAAAUAUAUAACUUCAGAGAAAAAGCUGGAACAAUCUGAAAAUGGAAAUAGUGAGUUUAUUGAGUUAGGUUUUGAAAUAAUUGAUUUUUUAUAUAGAAAAACAGAGUAGAAUAUUUGGAACAUUUAAAAAUGCGCAGUCCAAACUCUACAAACUCAUGAAAAUUAUAGGUUGGUUGAAUUGAAUUUUUUCUAAUGAAACUUAAAAUAAUAUUUGGUUUUUAGAAGCUACCAAGCAAAACUGCAACUUCAAAAUGUUUAUUGAAAAAUUCACAAGUUAGUUUAUUGACAAAACGUUUUCUUAAAAACAUCGAGAAAGAUUUUUCUGCAAAAAUCUCCUCUAAUCUAAAAAUUCUGAAUUUUUUGUAGGUUUCGAAAAUGUUACCAAAAUAAAAAACAAAACCAAAUCAAACAUGGAUGAUGAGAAGUUUACGAUCUUCAAUUACGAUCUUUUCUGUGCAGCUUACGAUGACUAUAAUUGUUAUACAGGUUUUUAUGACUCUUCAGUUUUUAUUUCAAAACCGUUUAAAAAUAUUUCAGCUUGGAAGACAGAUCAAUUAUAUUUGGAUUCCCGCCGCGUCUAA